GUGACGUUGCAGCCAGUGUGCGCGUUCUCGUGGAGCUUUUCCGGUGGCGUUUCCUGUGUUUGUAAACUGACCUGAGCCGAAAUAAAAGCGAAUUUGAACACUACCAAGUCACUUCAAAGAAAAGCCAUCGCCGCCUCAUGAUAGAGUCCGGUGAGAUCUGUGUGACACUGGCUCUGAACUGACAUCUGCACAUCUCUUCUGUCUGAACUGCUGUCCGUCACCAUGUCACAUAUACCCGGCAGCUCGGUCCGGGACCACAUGAAAUGGGCAGGGCUGUUGGGAUGUGAAGCCGUAUUGUCCAGCAUGGCACUGAUGCAGGCCAGCUCCAUCGCUGCUCCCAAGAAGAUGAUGUCUCCGCUGGGUCCGGCAUCUGCUCACGGGUCUGGCCAGAGGGAUAUGCAGGAACGUGGGACACAAGGACACAUGGUCUUACCCACCAGCAUGACCUGUCCUCCACUGCUUCUGCGGAAGGAGGCUGAUUUUACAGCUCCCCGACUGCUGGAUGAGAAGGAAAUGAGACCCAGUGAAGACAUGCAGCUGAAAAAAAAGACCAGGAAGUCGGGAACACCCUCAAAAGUACGGGAGCAGGACGGCCCGGCGGGGAAGGCCGUUGUGGAUGAAAAUGGAAACUGUCCACUUUCUAAAGUGCAGAAGAACUUUAUCUGUGAUCACUGUUACGGGGCCUUCAGAAGCGGAUACCACCUGAAGAGACACAUCCUCAUUCACACUGGAGAAAAGCCAUUUGCUUGUGCAGUUUGUGACAUGAGAUUCAUUCAGCGUUAUCAUCUGGAGCGACACAGCCUCACUCACACUGGGGUGAAGCCGUAUGCUUGUUCCAUGUGUGACAUGCGGUUUUUCCAACGUUACCACUUGGAGAGGCACAGCCUCACACACACUGGGGUCAAACCGUACGCUUGCACCAUGUGCGACAUGAGAUUUUUCCAAAGAUACCACCUUCAGCGACACAGCCUCAUUCAUACGGGGGUGAAGCCGUAUGCUUGCUCCAUGUGUGACAGGCGUUUUUUCCAACGUUACCACCUCCAGAGACACAGCCUCACUCAUACGGGGGUGAAGCCGUAUGCUUGUUCCAUAUGCGACAUGAGGUUUUUUCAGCGUUACCAUCUGCAGAGACACAGCCUCACCCACACGGGGGUGAAGCCGUUUGCUUGCACAAUGUGUGAUAUGAGGUUUUUCCAACGCUACCAUCUCCAGAGACACAGCAUCACCCAUACGGGGGUGAAGCCGUAUGCUUGCUCGAUGUGUGACAUGCGUUUUUUCCACCGUUACCAUCUGCAGAGACACAGCCUCACUCAUACGGGGGUGAAGCCUUAUGCUUGCACCAUGUGUGACAUGCGCUUUUUCCAGCGUUACCAUCUGCAGAGACACAGCCUCACCCAUACGGGGGUGAAGCCGUACGCUUGCUCGAUGUGUGACAUGAGGUUUUUUCAGCGUUACCACCUGCAGAGACACAGCCUCACUCAUACGGGGGUGAAGCCGUAUGCUUGUUCCAUGUGCGACAUGAGGUUUUUCCAACGUUACCACUUGGAAAGACACAGCCUCACUCACACUGGAGAGAAGCCGUUUGCGUGUGACAUGUGUGACAUGCGCUUCAUUCAGAGGUAUCAUCUGGAGCGACACAAGCGCGUUCACAGCGGAGAAAAGCCUUACCAGUGUGAGCGCUGCCAACAGAAUUUCUCACGCACAGACAGACUGUUGAGACACCGGCGGUUGUGUCAGGGUCGUGGCGUGACGAAAGUCGAAGCGCAGCCGUGCCCUUACACACAGGAGCCUCCGCCGGCCCCCACGCCCACAUGGAGCCCCCUGCAUCCGGCCCCAGGACGACUGGCCGUGUGACAUGCCCUAAGAAGACAACACACCUCUGAACACCACCACUGCCGAGUGCAGACCGCUUCCCUCCUCAGAAACACACACGGUUUGACCACCCAGGCUUCUUUUGUACUUUUUGGUAACACAAUUAGAGGGUUUUAUGGUACUUUAAAAAGAGACGAGGAACAAAAACACACACACACACACAUGGCUGAUGUGGGAAAUAUGUUACUAACCAAAAAACAAAAGUGGUACAACCUGUCAUAUAUAAACUGAUAUUCAUACACUAUGUAAUAGACUGUUUAUAACACUGAAGCACACAAAGAAACACACACACUCAUCACACAUCCACAGGACAACAUUUGAUCUGAUAUUGUAAGUGUGUGAAAUUGAAAGAUGUGUAUAUUAAUGUGUGUAACAGCUGGUUUGUUCUGUCUUUGUCAUACAAAUCUGACUAGAAACCAUGUUUGAUCGUCAACUCGCUCAAUCAGAAAUUAUAAUUUGCAUUAAGAAAAUGAAGCCUAUUUUAGGACCAGAUUGUUUUUUUAUUAUUUAGCAUAUUUUAGGGUUGUCACGAUACUAGAAUUCGGUAUCAAUCGAUGCUGAAAUUUUAAAGACGUCCCUUUCCCGUUAACAUUUGAGCGCUGUUGAGCGAUUUCAUAAGCAGUGCUGAUUGACCAUUGUGUUCACGUGCUCAACAGAAAUGACUGUGAUUGGUCCUGAAGGUCAUCAGUUCACCAAAUUCACCGCUGUUUACUGAGUGUAACCACAGAGACAGGGACACUCGAGCAUUUUAAAGCUGCGGUUCAUCAGCGGAUCGCUCACAUGCCAGCUUAUAGACAAACCAGCUGAUCGACGUGACUUUGUUUACACUCGGUAAACAGUGGUGAGUUCGGUGAACUGAUGACCUUCAAGGCCAAUCACAGUCAUUUCUGUUGAGCACGUGAACACAAUAGCAAAUCAGCGCUGUUUUAGAACGCGUUCAGAUGUUAGUGGGAAAUGGACGUCUUUAAAAUUACAGUACCAAUUGGUACCAAAUUCUAAUAACGUGACAACACUAGAAUAUUUGAUUGAUAUUAUAAAGAAGAAUAUGCAUUUUGGUCUCAAAUAUGGAUAAUUAUAUAAAUGCAUAAGCACUGAAGGCUUUUAAAGUUUGCUCUACUGACUUUUGGAAAUUACUAGUAAUUAAUAAACAGGAAAAACACUACAAAUUAUGAAUUAAAUUUAAGUUUAAAAUGCUUUAAUGAGCAAGACCUUCAGUACAGUAAUUAUUGUUUUAUGUUAAUAAAUCAAACAUAACUGACUACUUUUAUUUUCAUAAGGUAUUAAACAAGACUAAUAAAUAGCUUUUUACAUAGUUUUGCUUGUUAAUAAUCUAAAUGUAAUACUAAAAAUUAAAUGGUCCCAAAAAUAGGCAUUUUCUAUGUGCUAAUAUAUUAAUUUUUUCUGAUUUUGGAUGAUAUUAUGGGCAAAAAUGUGCGACUAAUUUUGACUACAUUAAUGAAAACGUCCAAAAGACCCACAUUAUGUUAUGUACAGAUUUAUAUGUGCGACAUUAUUCCAUCUUGUGGCCUUAGGAUGUGCUCAUGUGUAUUCUAUACUAUUUUGGUUUGGAUUUUUUUUACUCCUUUGUUAUGAAAAGAUGAUAUACUUUUUAUUUGACUGAAUCGCCACAGGUCAGAAAGGCUGCCUUUUUAGUUUUGUUUCUUUCCAAAGUCAUGUAAAGGUCGUAUUGCAUCGUGAAGGAGCUCAGCCGUGUUGCUUCUCUGUGGAUGUAGUGUUUUCCGCUGUAAUCUCUGCGAUGGAGGAGUUCGAGCAGUGUUUUAUUUUAUUUUACUUUAUGCAAUGCCUUCACGAGCGGUCGACCUCAAACAGAGCAAAAAACGCUGAUGUUUCUGUUGCGCCACAUGAUAUCAGCUUUUUAACGUGUCAUAUUAUCUGCUGUUGGACGAGGCUCUCGGCUGAAUGGACUGAAUUGGGCAUUUCUGAUGGAAACGGAGGGACGUCUGCUGUUUAUUGACUGAAGAUUGCUGCAUUUUUAUGUAAUGACUGAAUAUUUUUCUUUUUAUCGUUACACGUAUGUUUAUAUAUUACUGAACUGGUUAAACCUCUUAGUUCUAUAGCAACAAACUUUGUGUAUUUUGAGGACCUUUUUACUCUAAUAUAAUUUUAAAACACUGGAGAGAUACAUGUGUGAAAUGAUAAUCUAUAAAUGGACAUAUACAGUUCAAAAUGUAUGUCUAUGUUUGUGUGUGUGUGUGUAUCAUUUCAUAUAUUGAAGGUUAAUCGCGCAUAUAUAUAUAUAUAUAUAUAUGUAUAUAGGAGAUGCAGCAAGGACAAUAAGUAUUGAACACAUUGUUUUUUCCUGGGAAUAAUAUUUCUAAAUGAACUGUUGACAUUGAAUUGAGACAGAUUUUGUUAAAAACCCAAACAAUACAAGCAUAAAAA